GAGUGCAACCCUGGAUGGAGUGGUGACCAAUGGAGUAAUGCCACCGAAUGCCCACUCAAGGUCUGCUGCAGCAAAUCUGGGUACUGUGGAACGACGCAAGACUUUUGCGGUGACAAGAAAGUCAAAAGGCCAUCGUGCGAUGUAGCCUCUACGAGUAUUGAGAAAGUGAUUGGAUACUACGAAGCCUGGUCUAUGACCGAGCGCUCAUGCUAUGGCAUGCAACCCGAAGACAUUCCCUAUGGUGUUUACACCCACAUCAAUUUCGCGUUUGCUACAAUCGACCCACAGACUUACCGACUCGAGCCGGGAAACUCUGACACCGAAUCGCUAAUGAAAAGGAUUGGCGCCAUACGAUUACUACAGCCUGACAUUGAAAUAUGGGUAGCCGUUGGUGGCUGGUCCUUCAAUGAUCCUUGGAUGCCCACUGCGAAAACUUUCAGCGAGAUUGUUAGCAGCGUUGCGAAUCAAGACCUUUUCAUCAGUUCGGCAAUUCGUAUGAUGAACACGUAUGGUUUUGACGGCAUCGACAUUGACUGGGAGUACCCAGUGGCAGAUGAUCGCAGUGGCCGCAAAGAGGAUUACGACAACUUCACUAACUUCAUCAAGCGGUUCCGACAAAGGCUAGGCCUUUUCGGUGGCCUUCUCAAGACACAAGGCAUUUCUUUGACACUUCCGGCCAGUCUGUGGUAUCUCCAGCACUUCGACAUCGUUGCACUGCAGAAACACGUUGAUUGGUUCAAUGUCAUGACAUAUGACAUGCACGGAGCAUGGGACAUACUUAACAAAUGGACUGGACCUUUCGUGAAUGCGCACACCAACUGGACUGACAUCCAGGACGGUUUAGACUUGCUAUGGCGCAACGAUAUUGACCCAAAGAAAGUCAUUUUGGGCACAUCAUUCUACACCAGAACUUUCCAAUUAAGUGAUCCUGGUUGCAACGAGCCCAAAUGUGGGGUCGUAUCCGCAGGCAAUCCUGGAAAAUGCUCCAAUACCGCUGGAGUGCUGCUUCAUGCCGAGGUCAAGGACAUCAUCAAGGAGAAAAAGCUGACGCCGAAAUCCUAUCGCACCGAAAUGGUGAAGACGAUACACUGGGACAAUCAAUGGACUUCUUUCGACGACGAGCAGACUUGGAGACUCAAGCUGAAUACCGCCAGGGGACAGUGUAUCUCAGGUAUCAUGGUUUGGGCUAUUAGCCAGGAUGAUACAAGUUCUACGAAUGCCAUGGCUCUCACUCGAGCAGCUGGGCGCACGGUCAUGAACAUGCCCAACUUCAACGAGCAGCCAGAGCUCGAAGCACCACCCAAAGCUAUUCAGACCUGCAGAUGGUCGAAUUGUGGCGAGCAAUGUGCUGAUGGUUUCAAGGCAGUACCUUGGGAUGGAAAGACGAACCAGGUCUUCGAAGACGCAACGCCUUGCGGUGGAACCAAAGCUACAUUCUGCUGCCCUUCUACACAGUCCAUGCCAAAGUGUACAUGGCGCGGACUUACGCCGUCCGGCGACUGCAGCCCUGGUUGCAGCGAUGGCGAAGUGGAAGUGGGGACACAACAGGCUGGUUGCAAUCUACGACAUCAGAGUGCAUGUUGCCAGGAUACUUCCACAACACAUGCAUACGGUAUGUGUAAGUGGUAUGGUAGCGCUGAUCUUUGUGCUGGAGCCGGCAAGCAGUAUCCUUGUCCUAGUGAUCACUCAAAACGCCUAUUUGCCGCCAGCGCUGGCUUCGGCGGAGAACAGACGUGCACUAGAGGUGCGAAAAGUUACUGUUGCACAGAAAUUCCUGACGUAUUCACGGACUGCGCUUGGUACACUAAGGCAACAAACGUUUACAAGAUUGAAGGCUGGUGUGAGCCCAGCUGUCCUGCUGGCUCGAUCAGACUUGGCAGACAGACAGGCGACUGUGCACUCGGACAAGGAGCAUAUUGCUGCAAAGGUAAGCCCGAACCCAAAAUCAAGCCGAAAGAACCCGGGUUUGGAGGGAAAGGCGCCGAAGAGUUCAAAGCAUUGCUUCAGAAAUAUAUGUCCGACCCUGUUUGUCCAAGGACAACCCUCCAUCCAAAUCUUCACUCAUGGCAUACCACCAAAACCGAAGCGAAGCGCUCGCUUGAUGCAAUGGCUAUGUCCGAUCACUUGAUGAAGAGGGAUGGCGUAUGCACAACCGAUUCCUGGACUCGACUCAUUCAGUACUCUGGUGUAUUCUUUGGACACUCAUCGAGCAAUAUGACAGCCUUACAAACUCUCUGGGACGAUAUAUUUGCAGGCGCAUUCGAUGAGCAGCUUACAUACUCCAGCCUGACCACAUUCUUCAAGGCUCGGCCAAAUAUCGAUCGUACUGCAGUACUGGAAUGGAUGUUCUAUAAUGCCAUUGAGGCGGGUCCUGCGUUGCGGUUGAUGAAAGACGUGGAGAGCAAAUUCUGCUCUGCUGCUUCUACUUCUAAGAGAGGUCUUGUAGAAGGUGUAUACGAUACCAGAGAGAACCGCCGAGCCAUUGACUCGUGGGGAGAUACGACAAGUGAUACUGCCAAUAAUUAUCCUUCAUGGGAGAGGAUUCUCAGCGGUAUUGAGGCAGGACAUCUUACCCUCCACUACGCUCGAUGGCAGUACCAGACGGGCACAGGCUCUGGAGCUCCACCAGGACCCUUUCUUGAGGUGGCCUACUGGAUCGGACCCAACCGCGGUGUUGCGCCAACCCAGGCAGAGGAAACCAACUUGAACCUUAACCAGUAUCGCGAUCGUCGAACUCCUCCGGCUCGCCCAGCGAAUGCUCCAGAUGAUCGAUGGGUAGUCUUCCACCUGCAUAUCAAUCCUGAAACGCAGGUCUUCAACAGAUUGAACGGCCGCACCCGUGUUGGCAUCCAGCGCGUGUCAAUGUUCCACGGGCAGCGUCGGACAGGAGCUCAGAUCGGAUGGCGUGUGGAUAAUUCUCAGUACGGCGAUCUCAAUGCUCGAGGACCAGGUUUCGAUUGUAUUGACGUGCCCGAACUCACGACGAGAAACGCCCUUUGGUACGUUGGUACUCCUGCUAGAGGAAGUCUGCCCGCUGGUUCAUUCUACGACCGAUUUUCGGUUUGGGCGAAUGCGCUGUUCAACACGGGCUACCUUGCCACGCCGGGAAUUUCGCCCAUCGUUAGAGGUGCGACCUUUGACAAUAAUGGGGAUAUUGAUAUAGGGUCAAGUCUAGCAUUCUUGGAGCGGGGUGACUCUUCGUCGGAGUUCUUUAACGCGGAUCCGUACCAGGUGUCGUUCACGAUAAUCAGGAACGGUAAUUCGUACACGUACGAGUUCACCAUUCCAGAUCCAGGCAAUCCGCCUUAAUC